AUGGAUGGCGCUGUCUAUCCUUGGGAUGGACCAAGAAUGGAGCGGGCAGAGUAUUCAGAGGUCCCAGGUAGGGAGCCCGCAGUGGGGUGGUUCUACACCACCAGGUGUGUGAAAGACUGCAGGAUGCUGGCUCUGUCGCUGCUUGCGCUGUUUCUCGGCCUGCCCAGUGCCCGGGCCUUGGCCACGGAGGCCUGCACUCGCGCCUGCCCGGCCACCUGCACCUGCAGCGGCGUGGACGGCGGCUGCUCGGUGCGCUGCGACCGCGCGGGCCUCCUGCAGGUGCCCGCCGAGUUCCCGUGCGCGGCAGCCACCAUCGACCUGGACCGGAACGGCCUGCGCUUCCUGGGCGAGCGGGCCUUCGGCACGCUGCCGUCGCUGCGCCGCCUGUCGCUGCGCCACAACAACCUGUCCUUCAUCACGCCGGGCGCCUUCAAGGGCCUGCCGCGCUUGGCCGAGCUGCGCCUGGCGCACAACGGCGACCUGCGCUACCUCCACGCGCGCACCUUCCUCGGCCGCCUCUUUCUCUUCCGCAACCCCUGGUGCUGCGACUGCCGCCUCGAGUGGCUGCGGGGCUGGAUGGAGAGCUUGGGGCGCGUCGCCGACGUGCCGUGCGCCUCCCCGGGCUCCGUGGCCGGCCUGGACCUCAGCGAGGUGGCCUUCGGGCGCUCUUCCAGUGGCCUCUGUGUGGACCCCGAGGAGCUGAAGCUCACAGCGCCCAGUUCAGGCCGGUCCCCAGAGCCGGCAGCCACCACGGUGAGCAGGUUCAGCAGCCUCCUCUACAAGCUCCUGGCUUCGAGGGCCCUAGCGGAGGAUGUGGCCAACACCACUGCAGGGCCCGUCAACGCCUCGCUGUCCAGCGGCCUUCCCUCCGGUGGGCUGGGAGGCUUGGGCCGUCAGACUGCGUUUCUCGUGGGUUCUAGUCUCCUGUUUGUGUGGUCCAGCAUGGGGUGUUUGCCCUGCAGGUAGACUGACCCUACCACACUGGGGUGCCUUGGGCAGUGGAGGAGUUUAGCUAACUGGGCUUGGGGUGUCUGUGGAGGGGGAAGAGGGGAACAGGUUGG